AAACGAUUUGAGGUGCAAAGGUCAAGAGUUUGACUUUCGGAAGUAAAUAUGCGAUAAUUAGCUCGUCGUCAGGACGGGCCCCAUUGGUGUCGUUCAUGGGACCUCUACAUGUUGUUCCCUUAGGAGGGUAAAUGUGAUCCUGGUAGAAACUGCAUCCACUCGACUCCGUCAUGCAUGAUCUCCAUGAUCACUGUCGUCUAAAUGUAUCAUGCUGAUCUAUACACUUUAAUAAACGAUGAAGUUCCCGGUGUGUACUCGUUGAUGGAUGCAAUAUGCACGAAUUCUCUUAGCGAUCGAACAUUCAGUAAACAAUGAAGACUCAACGAAAUGGGGACAUUCUAGCCAACUUCCCGUGGGUGGCUGAAGCUCGUGGUUCUCACAGCUCAUACCUACUCGCUGAACCUCCUCGUGUCGUUAAUCCUCCCCCUGCUCCUGGGCCCCAGCCAGAGCUAGAGGCAGAGUCAGGGUCAGUUCCUGAGUCAUUCCCUGAUUACAUUUCAACAAACUACGUUCACUGCGAUCAGGAGUCAGUUACAUUCUGGCCGCAUCCGGGCGACAUCAUUCUGCGUGCAUACGCCGAGCCAUCACAGGUCGUCGCUCUACAGAGAGUGGUUCAACUCUACAAGGAUUGCCUUUUCUCCAAUGUGCUCCUGACUCCCAACGUUGAGACGAGGAACAUGUUUAACAGCCUCGUGUUCCGCAAGGGAGACCACAUUCUCCGACUGGGAGGAUUUUACGAAUAUGAUACGAUUCACAGAACAUCACAGCUCUCGUGGACAUGGAUUGAGUACAGCAACGCGUGCGUGUGGAUCUACUGGCCCGGGUUCCAUGAUAUCAGUCCCUGGGUAAGACUGACAUCCAGCUCGCCCAUUCAGCGAGUGGUUCGUCCACUCCCUCUGCCUUCAUUAAAACCCAGAGCUCGCCCACUGCUGUCCCAGAAAUUGUUCAUACGGGGAGAAGGGUCAGACGGUUGGGAAACCAGCGACAUCAUCAUCCGAGGCUUCGAUCCUGGACCUGAGAGUCCCAAGAAUCCAGGGUGGAAGAAGCUUUAUGGGGUGAGACAACUUCAGAAUGAGCGCUGCCCAGAUUACAAAAAACUAAUCGAGGGCGACUUGCUGGUGCGAUUGAAAUGCGCUAUGCGUGGCCCCAUGGCGCGACUCGAACUCAAUUGCUAUCGUUUUCUAGGAAUCGCAGAGAUGAAGGUCAUGUUCAUGGGUACCGAUUCUUUCGAGUUCGUUUUCAACGAGUACGAGCUUCUUCCCACCGGACCUUCACCCCGGCUGGGAUUCGAGGUCCCUGAAUUCACUGACGUCCCCCAACCCGGUGACAUCCUUCUGUCGUUCGACGAGGAAUUCCGUCCCUUUGACGCAGAAUGUAAACUGGGAGGAUUCGUGCAGCUGUACCAGCUGCAGCAGCCGCUGCGUUCCGUCGCUCAAGCAGGCAAUCCCAUGGUCCUACGCUGCGGAUAUUUCAAAAGCCGUCCCGUUCCCCUGUCGACGUCCUCAAGAAAAAGUGGGACGGUGAACGGGAUGGACUGGGAGUGGGUCUAUGGUGAGAAGUUUCGGAUCUUCACCCGCCAUCCGAGACAUUCGGAUGGGAAGACAUGGAUGCUGCAAGCCCAAAUGGACAAACCUCUCCGCUUCGAAAGAUUUCCACCUUACGUCCUCUACGAAGAAACUCUAGAGCAGCAAAACGUCGUUGUCCCGAACAUGGAACUCAACUUCAUGUCCGAUCUCGUGAUUCGUGCAGACAGUAGCAACAGUGGCAGCUACGAGACCUCCUCCUACAACUACUUGCAGAUCUUCCCAAAAGGUCUGGAAGACCUGAAGCCCGGAGACUUGCUGGUCCGGACACGGCCCUUCGUGGACACAGAGAAAACCCCGGGCUCUGUGACUCUAAUGGUCGAGCUGUAUGCCCUCAUUCUGGAUGACCAGAACAAGCCGGUAAUAAUAUUCCGUGGUCGGGACCAGGUUCACUACGGUAGAAUUCCUCCGAGUCCACUUGUUACCAAGAGGCAGAGCGUUAAGUCCCCACGCACUUGGCCCAUCACAGAAGGCGACGAGUACACCCCUUCGAGCCGAACAAGUGGCUUCACUCCCCACGUGUCCCCUUCUCCUCCUCCCAAACCAGCACCACAAACCGUCAGCUUGAACUCAGCAGCCCCGAAGUAA